AUGGCACCCCGGGAGCCGCCCUCGCGUUCACCGCCUUCCCCGCAGUAUUUAAGGAAGAAGAACGCGGAGCUGGAGGAGCGGUACAGGGAGACGACGGUGCCGAAGCCGGCGUACUGGGGGGGCUACAUCCUGCAGCCAGACGUCGUGGAGUUCUGGCAGGGCCAAACCAACCGCCUGCACGACCGCAUCGUCUUCCGACGCCUGCGGGAUGGCUCGGCCCCCCUGGGAGACAUGACGCACCGGGGAGAGGGUGAAUGGGUCUUCGAGCGCUUCUCCCCGUGAGGCCGCCGGCGUCUCCGGCCGCGUUCGCCCGAUCGGGAGCAUCACCUACGCCAAACCUGCCCGCCUGUCCCCCGUCGUGCCCCGGGGAACGGGGCUGGCCUCGCUCUGCCCUCCCCUGGGAAACGCGUGCUGAGCUCUGGGGGUGCCCCAGAGAGACCCUCGUCUCCCUUCGCCUCUCCCCGGGGCGGGCGAGAGCUGCGGGUGGGUCCCAGAGACCAUCUGCUUCCCCCCGCCGGCUGGGGGGGGAGCCAGGCUGG